UUGAGUUCAGAACGAGAAAGUCGACAAAAAUUCAACAUGAAAUCAAAGCUUAUUAUUCUAAGCAUUGUAUUUGCUGUUUUCGGUGUUGAUUCCAUUCGCAGUCCUGUACACUUCAAUUCUUUCGAGGAAUCGAAAGAGCUCAACGAAAUGGAACCACCUCCCAGAGCGAAGCGAGCAACCUGUGAUCUAUUGAGUGGACUCGGUAUACAGCACAGUGCUUGUGCUGCCUCCUGUUUGGCCCGACUCUAUCGGGGAGGAUUCUGUAACAGCGAAGGAAUCUGCGUCUGCCGGGAUAAACUUGUGAUGGGAAAUGAGAUGACUGGAAGAAACUGAUAAACUGUUUUGAUAACACUAUCAUUUGCUUUAGAAAAUUCCAGGUAGUUUAAUUUUGACUCCUUAGCGUUUGAAGAUUCAGCCAAAUUUCAAAAUAUGUAGUUUGGAGAAAAAAAAGUGUUAAGGACUUCAUGAGUAAAGUACAUGAAAAUUAGAAAACA